CGUACGGUCUCUUCUCACUGCUAACUGACACCUCCUCUUCCUGCCCAAAACUAUCUUUCUCUCAAGCUGGUUGUCUAUCAGCUGUGGUCAUCACCCACUACAGUUCACUCUGCUGCCCGUCCACCCAUGUCUUCCUGGCCAAAUAGCGACCUGACUUCCUACCUUCCUGCGUGCCUUGGGGUUUGACGUUUACUGCGGAGUUAAAACACUUGUCUGUGGGGACUAUCUACUGACUUGUGACCAGUUCUGCUGCCUGAGGCCAGGAGAGCAUUACUAACUAGAAUUAAAUGAAUCCCGAAAUAACCUGUCUGUCCGGACCAGCAAAUUAGAGGGCUAUGUCUGGCAGUGAGGACCUGGAGGUGUGGUGAGACAGCACUCAGCUCCAUGGCAGGGACAGAGCUGGAGCUCAGGACAGGACCCAGUGCUGGGCCACACAGAGUCGUACUACCACUCCUUUUCCAGGGAUUGCUGCUCCUUACAUCUCCCUGCAUUGGUGGUCCCCCACAGCCAGCUUGCAGCCCAUUGUUACCUGGGCAGCCUUUUCUAGUACUAUGGGGAAUCCCCAACAAGGUUUGUUCAGGAUGUCCAGACCCAGGAGCUUUUGGGAUGGAGAGGGAGGGCCUUGUGGCCAUGUUUUAUGAAGACACUAUUGGGAAGUACCCCUAUUACACUGACCAGCGCCAGCCUGUGAAUGGAGGCCUUCCCCAACACACCAGACUAGAUGGACACCUCCAGAAGACAGGGGAGGAUUUGGUGGCAGCGCUACCCUCCCCAGGGUACCAGGGUCUGGGAGUACUGCGUUGGGGCAAGUGGUCCCCGCAGUGGGGAAGGAACCGUGAGAAUCAGGGCAUCUACCUGGAAGGGUCCAGGGCUCUGCUUAGGACCUUCUUCCCUGACUGGACUACAGAGGAGCUGGAGAAGUGGUCUCAGGUGGACUUUGAAGCAGCGGCCCAGUCCAUCAUCACAGAGACUCUGAGGGAGGUGAGGAGGCUCCGGCCCAAGGCUCUGUGGGGUUUGUCCCCGUACCCAGACUGCUACAACUCCGUCCCUGGCCAGUUGCUGUCCAACUACACAGGUCGCUGUCCCGCUGCUGAAAUGGCCCUUAAUGACGAAGCCAUGUGGCUAUGGAAACUCUGCUCCGCCCUAUACCCCGCCCUCUCACUGGAGAAGCUCCAGGGCGGGACCUCUGGGGUCAGACUGUACACAUCCAAUCAGAUCCGAGAGGCACUGAGAGUGGCAGGCUUGGCUGGGACCACUUACGACCUUCCUGUGUUCCCAUUAGUCCGAAGCGUCUACACAUCAACCAAUACUUUUCUGUCUUUGGCUGAUCUGGUCAACACUGUUGGUGAGAGUGCUGCCAUGGGUGCAGCAGGGGUAAUCAUCUGGGAUAAAGAUCCAGCUGUCUCCUCUACUAACCCUCAGAGAGCUUGCUCAGAACUGGCGACGUUCAUCCGUGAAGUCCUGGGCCCGUACGCCGUCAAUGUGACCACAGCCGCUCGCCUCUGCGGGGUCUCUCUGUGCCAGGGGCGUGGCCGCUGUGUGAGGCGUAAACCAGAGAGCUCGGUCUACCUGCAACUGCCGCCCCCUAACUUCCUGAUAACGCGGGGGAAGACGGAGGGUGUACAGGCCACAGGGCGGCUGGACCCUGGCGACCUGGAGGCCUGGAAGAGGGACUUUCAGUGCCAGUGGUACGAGUCGCUAGAGGGGGCGGCAGCCGACGAGGAGAACCUCAAGGACAAGGCACAGGACGGGGCACAAGGAACCCUUCCUACCGCACCUACCCCCUUAAGUGAGCUAAACCAGGACACCCCUGUCAUGGACCACAGUGGACCAUCCCUCACCGCACCUGUUCUGCCUCUACUACUGAUUUGGGCCAUAACUCUCCACUCCUAACAUGUCCUGUAAGCGGACAUGACACCUGUAAUUUGGUUUACAAUGUGGCAUUCUCAAACAAUGUAAACAUAUUAUAAAAUGCUAUUGCAUUACAUUUGUGUUCUUACCAUUCAUGUUAAGUCAAGCCUCUUUUCUGUGAAAA